AUGCCGAGCGGGUCCGGUUUCUUCACUGUCAUCGUGGCUGAGUCCAACGACAAUGAAGUCCUGCAGACAGAGCAGCUCCAYCCUCUACCUUCCUUCCAGGACUACAGAACCAACAGCUCCGUGCGGGCCUACCAGACAGGCUACUUUCCCAGUGGCUGUGCCCAGGAACAGGGAAUGGGAGCUGGGCAGGUGUUUGAGGUCAACCUGGGGGCGGGGCUGGAUCRCCUGGGAGGGCCUUGUGAUUCAGAGGAGGAUCAUGAUAACGAUCACAACAGUGAUCUCUACCACUUCUGUGAUGGGCCUCUCAAGCCUAAGACUGCCUACAGAAUCAGUGUCCGUGCCUUCACUCAGCUGUUUGAUGAAGACCACAGAGAGUUCCCCCAACCUCUCUACAGGGACACCUUCCUGUCUCCACCCAUCAGGACACAAGCAGGACACAAGCAGCGACAGUCGCCUUACUCUUACUCUGCGUUUGAAUUCGUUCUGGACAACACUGAUGACGGGAAUCUGAAGCGCUGA